AUGCUGUUAACCAACUAUCGCAAUCACAGCCACAUCUUCGACAUCUUCACUUCGAAAAUAUACUCUAACAAGCUAGUUAUGGUUGCUAUGCUGACUGCGUACAGCGCGUCGGGAAGUGUGGUAGAAAUUCGUCGCCUAUUCAUCAAUGUGAUCGGCCUUGCUCUUAUUGCCGGUGGUAAUUGGCCUUGGUCCUACCAGUCGCAGGAACUGGUGGCUGUGCACCUUCUGAAGAACGUGUUCGCCUAUCGGACGAAUGAUGGUCAACAUAUUCGUCCAAAAGAUGUCAUGCUUAUUUUGCGGGAUGCGGGUCUGCGAGCUUUGGUCGGCAGGCUCAUUCGUGGGGGUGUGUGGCAAUUUUACUAA